AUGUCAACUAGAUCCAUAACCACUGCUAAAUCAAUCAUCUAUUCAGAACAUGGUAUUCCAAAAGAUGUCAUUUCUGUCCAUACUCAUCAAUUACCAGAUCCAAAGGGUAAUCAAGUCAUUUUGAAAAGUUUAGGUUUCCCAAUCAAUCCAUCAGAUAUCAACCAAUUGGAAGGUGUUUACCCUUCAAAACCUGAAAAGACUCUUGAAUAUGGUACUGAAAAACCAAGUGCAAUUGCAGGAAAUGAAUGUUUAUAUGAAGUUAUUGAGUUAGGCUCCGGUGUACAAGACUUAAAACUAGGUGAUCGUGUCAUUCCAUUGUUUUCAAAUUCAGGUACUUGGACUUCCCAUAGUAUUGCCGCAGAGGAUAAAUUGAUCAAAUUACCAAAAGAUAUCUCCACUGUGUUUGGUGCUACAAUUUCAGUCAAUCCAACUACUGCCUAUCAGUUAGUUAAUGAUUUUGGAUUGGAAAAGGGUGAUUGGUUGAUUCAAAAUGCUGGUACUAGUGCUGUUUCUCAAGCUGUGGCACAGAUUGCUAAAACAAAAGGUAUCAAUGUCAUUAGUGUUAUUAGAGAUCGUCCAAACUUACAAGAAACUAUUGAUAAAUUAACCAAACAAGGUGCUGCAAAAGUUAUUACUGAAGAACAAAAUGGUGAUCGUGGCGUUAGUGCAGAAAUUGCUAAAUUAACUGAAGGUAAAUUGAAAAUUGCAUUGAAUUCUGUUAGCGGUAAAUCAAGUUCCAACAUUGCAAGAAAAUUAGCACCAGAUUCCACAAUUAUUACAUAUGGUGGUAUGUCCAAACAACCAGUUACUUUCCCAACUUCAUUAUUUAUUUUCAAAAAUUUAAAAGCUUUUGGAUUUUGGGUCACUGAAAAUAAUAAGAAAGAUCCAGAUUCCAAAAGAAGAACAGUUGCAGAUUUAGUCAAAUUGUAUCAAAAUCAACAAUUGGAAGAAUUAUCUGUUCAUAGUAAUGAUUGGAUCUAUGAUGAAUUUUCUGAUGAACAAAUCAAAGAGUUGAUUGUUAAUGCCUUGGAGAAUAGUUCUGGUGGUAAACAAUUCAUCACUGUUAAAUAA